AUGACGACAACCUCCGUAUGUGCAGCUCCCACUGUGCCCGCUAUCGAGCAAGCUGCUAAGGAGGCCGCUGGCGAGAUUUCCGAUGCUGGAAAGGCUGUUGACGUCGACGAGUUUGCCGAGAGACUGUCGAGUCUCCGCAUCAACACUGGUAGCUCCAGGCGCCCCGUGACCGAAGACGAAUUCCGUCUGCUCGCUCCGUCUGCUCGUAGGGCUCCAGCCUCCGAUGAGAGGAAACUGGUGUGGCCACCUCGCUUCAGGGACGUCGAUUCCGAAGAACCUGAGCAUAUCGUCCGACAGCGUCGCCAGUGA